AUGACUGAUCAAAGCAAUCAUGAUAUUGCGGCGAUAAACGAUCAAAUCUUUAUCUUUCAAAAUAAGAUCGUUACUCUCUGGAAACACAUAGAUAGAACUACACUUCCCACUACAAAUAAACUCCAACAGCUAUUGGAUCGCAUGGAUAGCCGGUGUCCUGUGGAGCACAUUUGCUUAUCAUAUGAGCUGGACGAUAUAACUUUUACUACUCGUCAGUAUCAUACUUUUUUAGAAAAGUAUUUGAGUGAGUAUCGUAAUUUGUCAACGACGCUGACUUUUGAAUCAGAGAGCGAUGAUUCAAUUGGCGGUUGUUUGCAGAAAGGAAAUUUUUCGUGUGCUAGUAAGAGUGUCAAUGUAUGGCUUCAAUCUUUCAAAAAGUCUUCAUCCGAAUAUUAUUCCUCUAAUGGAUAUAUACACGUUAUGCUCCAGGAACAGACAAUAUUUUAUUACAAUGCCGAUAUUGAAGUAUUCAAAUGGUUUGGAAUUUAUUUCAUUGCUUUAAUGUUAUUUACAUUUCUACUAGCAUGCACUCUAACUUUUCUAUGUUGGAGUUUCUGUUUGAACAGGAAAGUAUUUGACUUUCUGAAAAGGUUUGAUCGGAUUCCAUUAUCAAGUAAUUGUGAUAGUAAUAAUUCCAGACGACAAGAUAAUUAUAGUACAGUACAACAAAAAACGCUCGACAAUAGAUAUGAAUUAUUCAAAACUAGCCCAUUUGCCAAUAAAGUACGUAUAUACACCAUGAACAAAAUCGUAACAAGUCCUAUACUGUUCUAUGCUAUUGUUGGAACCGUAAUUUGGAUCGUUUCGUUGUUGGCGCUAAUGACUCCUCUCCAUCGGUGGGAUUCUUCCAUAUUUUACUAUUCGAUGCGCAUCCGAUCUAACUGGUAUCCAGAAGCUACAGCAAUGGUACAGAAAGUGAAGACUGAUGCCGACUAUUUACAUUCCAAAACUAAGGAGAUAGUUAACUUAUUGGAAGAGAUGAGCAUUUACGUGAGUGUUUGUCAAAAGAAAUCAAUUCGAGCAGUUGUGAACACAAUAGAAAUCGCUAUUGUUGGUAUGCUUUCACAAAUAAAUGUAGAAAUGCAAAACGUAUCUGUCUCAAUCGAAAAAUCAAUAUCAAAGUUACGACGAGCACAUGGGUAUUUAGAUGAAAAUCUGGCAAUCACUGAACAAUUUACUGAUUCUUUUAAACUUCUAACCGAAGUGAGCGUCGCUGUGGAUAUAGCUGAAGCUCUACAACACAGCCUUGCAAUAUCUAUCAUCUAUCAACUAAAAAUAUUAACCCAGUUAACAAAAACAAUUGGAUCAUUACACGUAUUUACAGAAGAAAAUAAUUUAACCGUACAUAACAACGUUGUUAAAAACUGCAUAGACACUUUNUAA